AUAACGGUUACGAUUACGGUUACGAUUACGGAUACGGAUACUGUUACGGAUACGGUCUAGUCUAUAUCGAAUGCGUAGAUAUAAGCUUGUAUCUGCUCAGAUUUAGAUUAGCAGAUGUUUUCUGAGAAUUACAUUAAUACGAUUGACAAAUAAAUAAACCAAAGUUAAUUAACAGAAGCAAUGAAUGAUAAAGAUUGCAAAUUGUUGAAGGGAAAAUAUUGCCCGGAAUCUUGUUUUUCAAAUUUGCAAGAUUACUGAAUGUGAUAACCCGAAACCGAACACAUUUCCAUACUAAUAUUUAUUCGGAACGACACGACGGCUCUGAUCUUGAGAGACAGGCACACAAUCCACAACAAAACCCAUCAACUGUGGGAGGAGACUAGACGAGACUACAGAGAGAUUAUCUAGUAUCUCUGUUUUCAGUUAAGAUCGCUUGUAAUUUGGGCACAUCAUGCCACUCGAUCCGCACAUGGUGACGCGUGCGGUUGUUCUCCAGCUACAGUAUCAAGAUCAGCAACAAGAUCGGCAUUUCGAUCGCCGCACAAGCCACUGAAAACCACAGCUAAUUGCUCGUGAAAUAGCUCAGAAAAUUAAAAAAUAAAGAGAUAAUUAAAUAAAAGAAUAGAUAGACAGUAAGAAAGAAAGACAAAGCUCAAGUGCGAUCGCUCAAAAGCCGGAAGAGCCCAAUGUGAGAGAGAACUGAGAAGAUCCCCCAACAAAGCGCUUAUCACAUCAUCCCCAAAAAUGGUGCAGAGUGAGGAGCAUGCCAGGAAUGUGGAGCUUGAGGCGGCAACGCCCACAGUGCCGAUCACCGAUCAUCAACUGGAGAAUGAAGACGACGAUCGUCACGUGGAGGCCGAUGCCAAAUUGCUGGACAAUGGCAAUGCACAUGGCACUGAGCAAAGUGAUCAAACCAAGGCCAAGGUCAAGGCCAAGUUGAAAAGAGAGAAAUCGGAACAGGAUCGUUUAAUGACCGAAGAGAUCAACAAACUGCUGGACGAGAUGCCACUGGAACAGAACGUAGCCUGCGGAUUUUGGCUAUUCCGAGGUGCAUUCUUUCAGCGAUUUGCCAAUCAAACUGCCUAUGUUCUGCUUUAUGGCAUUGUGGGCUGCAUUUUCUCCAUGACAUAUGCCUACUUCAAUGGCACCAUAACGACCAUUGAGAAACGCUUCAAAAUACCCUCGAAAAACACGGGAAUUAUCUCAGUGGGUAAUGACAUAAGUCAAACACUCGUAUCUGCCGUUCUGGCUUAUUAUGCCGGCAAAGGACAUCGACCACGUUGGAUUGGCUUUGGCUUACUAACAAUCGUCGUCUUCUGUCUGAUGACAACAUCGCCGCACUUUCUUUAUGGACCCGGCGAGGAUGCCUUGGCCUUGACCCAGGAGUUUGGCGCCACUCCCGAUGAGAAUGUCACCCUGGAAGCCAUCGAGGAGCAACGAUCAAAGAUUCUCUGUCGUCUUCAUGGCGGCGGCGCUGAGUGUGAAGUCGGAGAGGGAAACUUUGCACCACAGGUGCUGCUAUUUGUGGCUCAGUUUAUAUCUGGCAUCGGUGGAUCGUUAUACUAUACACUGGGCGUAUCCUAUAUGGAUGACAACACUAAGAGAUCCAAAACUCCAGCCCUACUAAGUCUCUCGUACUUCUUGAGAAUGCUGGGACCUGCCAUAGGCUAUGCCCUGGCCUCGUUCUGCCUGAGAUUGUAUAUAGCUCCACAACUGCAUCCGGUGAUCAAUAACAAGGAUCCACGCUGGCUGGGCGCCUGGUGGCUUGGAUGGAUCGUGAUGGGCGGUUUGUUGGCAUUCUCGGGUGUUUUUCUAUCGAUGUUUCCCAAGGAACUUCCCCGAGCGGUGGCCAGAAGAUUGGUGGAGGAGAAGCGACGAAGGGAGCGACAAUCGCUGAAGCAGAAGGAACAAUCAAAGAACGAUAAACUCACUGCAGAGCUGGAGCCACAAGUGUCGGUUCAAGAGCCCAAGGCCUCCUUUGGCGAUAUGCUGGUGACCUUCAAGAGGCUGACGACCAAUAAGACCUACAUGUGCAAUACCUUAUCGAAUAUCUUCUAUCUGAUUGGUUACACGCCCUUCUGGAUAUUCACGCCCAAAUACAUUGAGGUGCAGUACCGACAAUCGGCGGCUACAUCCAGCAUGGUCACCGGUACCGUUGCCCUUGCCUUCUCCGCCAUUGGAGUGCUCCUGUCCGGCUUUAUCAUUUCCAGGUAUAAGCCACGUGCUCGAUAUAUGGCUGCCUGGAAUGUCAUCAGUGCUUUUCUGGUGGUAGCCGGUGUAGUGACCUAUGCCUUCAUUGGAUGUCCUGACAACGAGACCUCGGUCGUUGUGAAUAUUCACAAUAGGGACAUCAAUAGUACCGCCACCUGUAACUCGGCCUGUUCCUGCGAUUAUGUGCGCUACUCUCCGAUCUGUGGUGAGAACAACAUGACCUAUAUAUCGGCCUGUCAUGCCGGCUGUAAAAUGGAACACGUCAGAUCCAAUGGCAAGAAGGUUUUCUAUGACUGUUCCUGCAUUCCAGGAGGCACUGAAAAUGCAUCCACUCCGUUUUCGUUUAAACGUCUCACGGCCUUUGAUUUGACAAGUGACAACAGUAGCUUGAAUCUCGAUGGUGCCACAACAAGCAUGUCCCACUUGGAGAUGCUUGCGGCGGGUCAGGCAACUCCGGGAGCAUGUCCCGUCAACUGCUGGACACAAUUUGUGGCCUUCUUAUCGGUAAUGUGUUUCCUCAAGUUUAUCGGAGCUGCGGGCAGAGCAUCCAAUUUCUUGGUCUCCGUGCGUUGUGUGCCGGAAAAGGAUAAAACCGCUGCCAUGGGAUUUGGAAUGAUGCUGUGCUCAAUGUUCGCCUUUAUACCCGGUCCCAUAUUUUUUGGUUGGAUCUUUGAUCGCAUGUGUCUCGUUUGGGGCAAAACUUGUACCAACAAGGGCAACUGUUGGCUCUACGAUCCACAGUCAAUGAGAUAUACACUCAACUUUACGGCUGCUGUCUUUAUAACCCUCGGAGCUAUAUUCGACUUCGGUGUCUGGUAUUAUGUAAAGGAUCUUAAAAUAUUCGACGAGGAGAUCAAAGAAGUCGAAAUGCAAAUCGUAAAGCAUGAGGAGGAAGCGAAUCCUGAGAAGAAUACCGAAAUAUAGUAGUAUAAGUUAAGACAACUCUAUCCUUAAGUGUUUAUGAGUGAUUUGUGGUACCACAGCAUUAUAAUCGUAGUUCUCUCAAUUCGGUAUUAUGUGGUUAAGAUCGUGUGAUAAAUCCAGGGACCGAAAUUAAUAGUUGUGGAAUCCAAUCGUUACUAAUUAAAUCAAUGUGUAGGAAAUAUGCUAUAGUAAUUAUAAUAAAUAAUUAUUAAAGUCCAACAAAUAUAUGAAA